GCGAAACCAAACGCACUUAUUCGAUCGUAUGCGAGUGCACGAAGCAUUUCGCGGUAAGGGGUGUUACGUGAUUUUGAACCAUUCGGACUGUGCGAUAACAACUAUUGACGUUUUUCUCGCCCAUGCAGAAUUGGCGAACGUCCUGAUCGUAGUGUACGAUGAGCAAGAACGGCCUACUGAUCUCUACAACACCGUCGUCAGAAUAUCAGAUGUACUUGAGCGAAGCGUGAACGUUGCUAUGGAGCUAGUCGCCGUAAAAUGGACCAGUUGGAAGAAUCACUCUUUUUUCCCAGACAAAGCCAGAGAUCUGAAUGGUUACGUGUUGCGAACGUCCAUGUGCAACUAUUUGCCGUUUACGGGCUAUGAGCGAUUGGACCAAGAAACUGGCAAUGCCUUCGAUUCCGCGACAGGCAAGCGAUCAAUAUGGUUGGAUGGCACAGAACUACAGCUUCUAGUUUCGUACUGUGAGCGUCGUAAUUGCAACAUUAUGGUGUUCCCAGAGGAUGAAGACGAGUGGGGCGAUGUGUACCCGAACGGUACCGGAAUUGGUCUGAUGGGCAGUGUGGCCGAACGACGCACAGACAUUGCCUUUGGAGCAUUCUACCUUUGGUUCAAGCCGUACAACUUCUCCUCCUAUACCGCCACCAUCAGCCGAUCUGGAGUGACCGUGCUCGUGCCGAAACCGAAGCUGCUACCGCACUGGCGUACCCCGUUUCUUUCCUUCUCGUGGCCACUAUGGAUUGCCGUGAUGGUCACAUUUCUUGUUGGCAUUAUAGCUACUUGGUUGGCGGGUACGGUGCGUCUUCGAUUGUUGCUACUGUCCGCUCCAACCGAUCAGCCGUGGACUGGUCGAUCAGAUCUGAUUUCUGAGCAGCUUACGCUGAGCGAUGCCGCGCUUAUGAUGGUUGGCUUCUUCGUAGCACAAUCAUCGCCCAUUCGAACUGACCUAUGGUCGUGCGUGUGCCUGUUUGCCUCGUUGUUGCUGGCCGGAUUUAUGGUAAGCAAUUUGUACAGUGGCGGACUUGCCAGCGUCAUGACGGUUCCGAAGUACGAAAAAUCGAUCGAUACUGUCGUUGACUUUGCCGCGACUGGCAUGAAAUGGUUCGGUCCUACGCCGUACUGUUUGGAAGAGAUUAGGAACGCCUCUGAGCCUCAUUUACAACAAAUUCAAAAGACCUUUAGAUCAGUCGGACCGGAAGAGAUGAAACAAUACGCGCACAUGGGCGGCAGCGGGUUUAUUAUCGAGCAAGCGCAGCACGGUAAUUUUGCACCGAGUAACUUUCUUGAUCGGCAAGUUUCGACAACCUUGCAGCCGCUGAAGGACUACGUCUACACGCAGAACUGUGCGGCACUGAUAACCAACACUAAUCCGUUGCGGUCCAAUCUGAACGAGUACAUCCUGCGGGUUCAGCAGUCGGGUCUGCUAUACCAUCUCGGUAUCCGGACCGCCAUUCGAUACCUGCCAACGGACGUGAUGCGAAACAUCGAGCGUUCGCGAAUGCAUCAGCACGACGACGGUGCGGUUAGGUUGGAAUUGGGGCACUUUUUGGGUGCAUUUUUCAUACUGGGCUAUGGGUUGUUGUGCGCUAGUCUCGUGUUUGUGGGAGAACUCUGUGGCACAGUGAUGAUGCGACGAUGGAAUGAGACGUUUGUAAGCAAGGCGACCGUCGUUACUGCCUACUGAACCCUCACCGAGCAACUUUUCGGUUGAGCGUAGCUCUUGGUACAUCAGGAUUUGUUAUAUUAGGUGGUGAAGUAUCGAAAGAAAGCGUAAAAACACAUUUGGGAAUACUCACGUGUACUAGCUGCGGUAAUAAUGAAAGGCAGAUAACGCUGCAACACACUACAGAUGCCAGUGUGGUAUAUUGCUGAACUGCAAUAAUUAUGUUUCGAUCGUAGUUCGACGAUGCAACCCACUCCAUUGCUAGGUUGCAUUUUCAGAGCCCUUCCCUUCUCUAUCCUCUCCAUCAUAAACUGAUGAAAUUGAUUGAAACAGAAAUUAAAUUCAUUCAUUAUUCAGCAACCAAACGUUCUUUUUCCGCCGUCCGAAACAUAACAAGCGUACCAUGCUAUUCUGAUCUGAUCGGCACAUACGAAACGUGCCGAUCGCGCGAUCGCUGACCUUCAUGUAAAUCGCAUACACACACUUUGAUCUAAGAUCGUUGUGUGUCAUCGGCGACGAUCUACGGGACCAUAAGGGCCAUAACAUGUCCUUACUUUUAUUGGAGCAGUUACCCAUCAAGUUACCCGUAUGCAAUUUAAAAAAAUGGACUAUUUUCGGCUGAGUGUAGAAAAAAAAAACUAAAAGAGAAAAUUUCUUUCCAUAAACAUCCCUUGAAAGGUAAUUAUUCAAUCUUACUAGCAAAAAU